GAAACUAUGGCCAAUGAUGAUAGACGUGAUUUCGAUGCCCUUAGGGAUGUGAUCGCCAUCUUGCCCUUGAAGGAAAUUGUUCAAAAUAAACUUCUAUCGAAGAACGUUAGUGAUAUGGUUUCUCAUGAUGUUCAAUUUGCCAGAAUUUUGUUCAACCGUUAUAAAGACUCUUCAACCUCACUCAUCUAUACAGUAUAUAAUGGGCUAGAUCGUUUACAAUUCUACAAAAUAUCCUUUAACCCAAUCACUCAAAUUGAGUCGAUUUUACCUGAUGAUAUUGAGCUUAUGGCCUCAUGUAAUGGUCUCAUUCUCAUUGAAUUUGAAAAUAUCAGGUGUUACUGUGUUUUCAAUCCCGUGACUGGAGAGCACCAAUUGGUAACAUAUCCUAAUUCAUCUCCUAAUAAUAUAGAAGAUGUAGGCCUAGCGGUUGAGUAUCCCAAUGCAGAUCGAUACAAAUUGGUAGCCGUUUAUAAGUUGGAGGAGAAUUCCAACCAGUUCUACAAGUUUUGCGUACUUUCAUCAGAGCAACCUGGUGUGUGGCGUGAAAUCCAAGUGAGGACCAUUUCUUUCCUACCUGCACUUCCUAGUGGUCCACAUGUUUAUUGGGAGGAUUCUCUGUAUUGGGUCAGAAAUGAUGGGAGUGUUCUGGCUUUUGAUACGAAGAGAGAUGAGGCUACACUAAUUAAUCGUCCUGAGUUUCUUGAUCUCGAUUAUGAUAGAAUUCUCUCUGGUCAGGAUAAAUGGUUAGGGAUUGCGCAAGGUAUACUUACCCUUGUAUGCAUUUUCAGAACUCGCACAAUCAUUGCUACUUUUGACAGUGCAAACAAAAUUUGGACAAUUUUCCGCACUUUGGACAACUUCAUUGUAGAUCAGGACGGCUAUUUUAGGGGAUGUCCAGUCUGGAUUGACAGCAAGCAAGUGUCUUUUCUGGUACGAGAUCUCCAGACAUGGCAUUAUCAUCUAUACGAGUGUAAUCCUAAUACGAAUGUGUACGAAACUGUUGCAGUGGUGCCUAUGAUUAAUCCUCACACGUUUUGUUUUCAUCCAACGUUAGCUUCUGUCCACAACACACCCUACAAUGAUGCAACGGCUGAUGAGCAAACAUACAUUGCUACAAUUUUGAAUGGGAUCAACGGAUUUAUCAUCGAAGAUAUUCCAGUGGAAGUAUUACCAGUACUACAAAAUGAUGAUGACGAGGAAUUUUAUGAUGACUGAAGACGAAGAUGAAGAAGAAGGAGGAGGGGGAGGAGAAGAAGAUUGAGAGCAUAGUUAAACAUUGUAAUAGCCGUAGUAUUAUUCUGUAUGUAUGAUGGAAUAUAAACUUCUUUCUUUAAUGUUAUAUAUGCAUCG